AUGAAUCCUACGCGAGAUAGGAGUUUGAAUUGCGGUCAUAAUCCCGAGGACAUGUCGAAUGAUUGUCGAAUAACUCUUGGGGCUAAUAGCUCGGGCAUGUGGAAGAUACCCGAGCACAUAUAUUCUGAGCAUAUUGGUAAACAUAUCGACGAAAUAGAGUCAUCGGUCUGCACUGGCCUUGCCAAUUGUCUGUUUUAUCAUCUUCUCUUCUUCCCUCAAUUCUUGAUCACAGUUUCAAGCAGCACAGAAUUCUGCUUCACAUCAGCCUGUAGCCGGGGCGAGGCCAUUGUUCAAUUCCCUUUUCGACUCGAAAAUCGUCAUCCGAAACGAUGUGGAUAUCCGGGUUUUGACCUGUUUUGUAAUAGCCAAAACCAGACAAUAGUUGAGCUUCCCAAUUCAGGGAAGUUCACUAUCCAGGCUAUUGAAUAUGAAACUCAAAAUCUAUGGAUUAAUGAUCCUGAAUAUUGCCUCCCAAAAUGCCUUUUGAAAUUAAAUCUCUCCGGUUCGCCUUUUACUGGAGUUUUUUAUCAAGAUUUUACGUUGUUCAACUGCACGUUUGAUUAUCGAGGGUUGGAUCCUAUAGCUUGUCUUAGUGGGGAGAAUUACACAGUUUUUGCUACUUCUCAUAAGAGGGCUAUUAGUUUCUUGGCUUCUGAGUGUAAUUUGAUAGCAACAAUUGCUGUCCCGGUUCAAUGGACAUUUCUUGAGCCGGUUUUAUCAUCUGAUCUCAGUGGCGAUCUCCGACUCCAGUGGGCGGCGCCACUCUGCAGAAGGUGCGAGUCACGCGGCCGGCGAUGUGGGUUCAAGAGCAAUUCCAGUACCGAAAUUGAAUGCAGCAAUGUUAAUCGCCAUGGUAAGUGACUAGUUAUCGAACUCCUUUUCUUGCUUUCAAGAUUUCUUAA